AUGGAUGCUUCACUGGAAGAUACACCUUCCGCGUCCCAGGACGACACGCUGCCUUCCCCCUCGACUCUUCAUCGUUGCGCAUCCUCGUCUGCCGUUUCGGAGUCGACGAGUGCUACGAAACGUAAAGGGAAGGCGAAGGCUACAGAGCCCAAGUCCUCGAUCGCCGAUACUGCACCUUCUCCGAGCGCUAUGAAUGAGGCCAGGCUCCUCCACCCAGGCGAUGCAGCAGCUAAAGCAUCUGUUCCCAUACUUCUGCACGACCUCACGAUCGCAACACGGUUGACUGAUGCUCAUGGGGAGAUCGCCGCGCUGUGCGGUGAGAUCGUGAACUAUACUCAAAUCCUCGACGACGUCAAGACUGCGAUACCUUCCUCCUCCCGCUCCUUGCCCACCGAUUCUUCCCCAGAUCUCGCUAGUGUAUUGCCUCUCCAUGCCGAUCCACGACUGUUGCCGGACGUUGCGUGUUGUUAUGCCCGGGUGUGCCGUUCGCUGUACGUCGUGCGGGGCCGUUUCGUGUGA